GUCCAAGCUGAACGAGGAGGCCAAGUCAUUGAGGAUUGGGGUCAGGAAUUAAUUGUGACCAUCAACAAGAAGGUGGCUAUUGGAGGUGUGGUGAUUGACGACGACGAAUUAGUGCCACCUCUAGACUUCACUGCCUACGUAUUAAGCCCCUCUAGUGUAAAGUUGGAAUGGCGACCUCAUGUAGGGGCCUCUCCAGGUGAUUACUUUGUUCUUGCAGAGAUUUUUCAACUAAUGCUCAAAAAUCUUUCUUUAAAAUAA